UGCUCUCCGAACGUCGGUCGUGAACUCGGGCGGGUCGUUUCGGUAUCUCGGAUUUCGGUCUUCUUCAGUCUUAGUAGAUCUGUUACUUAGGGUAGUCGCGGUGUUGGUUGGUUUUUGGUCGUUUUUUACGGUUUCCCGGAGUGGAUUUUACUUUCAGGUUGAAGACUUUCCUAUUCUGUCCGUGUUUUUCGGUGUUGAAAUCUGAGAAAGUUUUGAGCAAACAGUGUGUGAAGUGGAAUCGGGCCCUAAUUGGAUCGAUAUAAAAAUUGGAGCACGGUAAACUAUCAAGUGGGGAACAAGCGUCAUAAUUGUUGAAGCAGUGGGACACAGCUUGCCGAAGUAAUCGAAGGAAACCGCAUAAGCAUAUUGCUGAAGUUCAACACGUUAAGGAAUAAUCAUUGUUGGGAGUUUUUUUAUAGUUUUUAAAUCAAUGUAUAAGUGUUAUAAGAAGUGCUAACUAAGUAGUUUCAAGAUUGUGACAGUGCAAGUGAUAUAGAAUAUCUUUCGUGUGGAAGAGAAGAUUAACAUUAACGCAUAAUCAGAAUCAGGAGCAUCAAUUUAGGACCUCACGAAGGAAGGAUGUCGGCUUGGAACUAUCAUCCAUCACUGUCAGAGGAGGAGCGAGACGAGUACAACGAUGGCUCCGUCAAGCUGCGGAAUCCCAACAUCGAGCUCAUGGAUCAGGAUAUUUUGUACCAUUUGGCGCUGGGCAGCGGAAGCCACGAUCUACAUGAAAUGUUUGGCGACGUUAAGUUUGUCUGCAUGGGUGGCACCCCGAAGCGCAUGGAGAACUUUGCACACUUCAUCAUGGACGAAAUAGGCUACAAACUGCCCGCCGGUACCCAGCUCCAGGACAUCAGCGCCUUCUCGUAUCGAUAUUCUAUGUACAAGGUCGGACCAGUGCUGUCGAUCAGCCACGGAAUGGGAGUGCCUUCGCUCGGUAUUUUGCUGCACGAGAUGAUCAAGCUGAUGUACCACGCCAAGUGCAAGGACCCGGUCUUCAUGCGAAUCGGUACGUGCGGAGGCAUCGGUGUGGAAGGCGGCACCGUCGUCAUCACCGAGGAUGCCGUCGAUGGCUUAUUGCGGAGUACACAUGAGCUUGCCGUUUUAGGCAAGUUGGUCUACCGUCCAGCCAUCCUGGACAAGCGGUUGGUGCGAGAGCUGAAAGGUCUUGCGUCUCAGGAUGACCCGUACGAUACCAUCGUUGGCAAGACGAUGUGCACAGCGGACUUCUACGAAGGUCAGGGUCGUCUGGACGGCGCCUUCUGCGAGUACAGCGAACAGGACAAGAUGGACUACCUCCAGAAGUUGCACGAAUUCGGGGUGGUUAACAUCGAGAUGGAGUGCACGAUCUUCGCGGCGCUGACGCACUACGCCGGUAUCAAGGCGGCGAUCGUCUGCGUGGCGCUGCUCGAUCGGCUCAAGGGCGAUCAGGUGAUGUCGCCGAAGGAAGUGAUGAACGAGUGGCAACAGCGGCCGCAGAUUCUCGUCUCGCGGCUGAUCCGCAAGCAUCUCACCCAGGCGGGCUAUCUCAAAAACCUGUCGUCGAUUCCGAGCGCGAUCCGGUCACCCCGACGCUUCCGGCUGGUCCAACAGGAGUCGGAAGCGCACGAGUAAGAAGGCUGUGGUGCCCGUUGCACGUAACGUACUUAAAAGCAGCGCGCCUUCCAGCAUGUAUGUGUUAGUUUUUAUGAUUUUUUUUGUAGUUUAGUGACAACGGAACCGGGAAUCUGCAAUGAGAGCAUUCCGGAAUCGAGGAACGAAACACAUUCCAUUUUCGAAUAGCGAUUUCCCGGAGAUCCGAUUUCGUUCAGAGGAAGGGGAGGAGGGGGGAGGGGAUUAAUCGUAAAGUAGUCAAUAACAAAAAUUUUAGAUUUGUUUUUGUUUUAUCAAUGCAUUUGUUUUUAAAUUGAUAUGGUUUGGAAAUUUCCGUAAUAUUGCGAGUAAGGAUAUGAAAAUCCAUAAGGGGGAAGAAGCUUCCACAGGAUCAUAAAGGAUAGUCUAAAAAUCCUACAAUAUUUUUAGGAAUAAUGUCAAUAUCCGGGUGAGAUUUUUUGAAAACCAUCCAUCGAUGGAAGCGAGAGGAGACUCGAGAUUUCCUUUCGGGUAGAGUUUCCAGUUUCUUCUGGAAGGAAUUUCCAGAGUAUUUUAUUUUGCAAAAGCACCCAGGAUCCCACAGUUCCUUUCGGAAGUAAUCCUUAGAAUUCGUUUUAAAGACGCCUAAGGGAUUUUUUGGGUUCCUUCAAGAGUUUCACCUGGGAAGUGCUCCCAGAGUUUCUCCAAGAAGAUUCAAGAAUUUCUUUCGGGGGGAGCUCUUAGAAUUCAAUGUUUAGAUCCACACGAGGAAUUUAUGUGUUCCUUUCCUUUGCCUAAGUUCCUUACGAAAGGUUCCCAGAUGAUCUUAAUAGUAUCUUGUCGGGGUUUUGAAAUUUUUGCAAGGAUUCGAUGACAAGAUCAAUAAGGGAACUUUUUGAGUUCCUUCCGGGAAGAGUCCUUCAGAUCGUUUUUCGAAAAACUCCCUGAGUUACGCUCAGGAGAAGUUAGAAGAGUUCCUUACGGAAGGAGCUCUCAUAGUUCCUUGUGAAAAAAUCUCCCAGAGUUCCUUCCAGUAGAAGCUCCCAGUUUCUUUGGGAGAAUUCUCAGACUUCCUCCUUGGAUGAGUUACCAGAGUUCUUACGGGCAAAAAUUCCCUAAAUUUUCAUGCCAGUGUUCUACACUUUGUGCAAUUUGAGGACGGAUGCCCAAAUCUUAGAAGAAAUUUGCAAAAUUUUAUCACGUUCCUGAAAUUCUAAGAAUUUUGAAAAGCCUGCUGGAGCCCUGAAAUUUAUUUUAGAUUAUCUGGUUAAAAACUUAAAAAAUUUGUAGAAUGAUUUAUUACUAUAAAUUGAAAUUCUUAUAAUUCCAACACCACGAAAUCCUUUGUGACUUCUAAACUAUUUUUUAUAUCUGUUUAUAUUAUUUGAAAAAAAAAAACUCAGAAAUCUUACGAUCGUGUCCUGAUUUUUAAAAUUCUGAUUCCUACAACAGUAGACCAACCUCUUUCCCCUUUCACGCUUUAUUUAUGAAUAGGGAUUCGAUCCACUAAAUAUAAUCAUUAGCGAUCGCCUAAAUGAUUUGCUCCGACACCUUAUGCUGAAACAAUAAAAAAAAAUCAUUGAAACAAGAGAUUUAGAAUCAGAAUUAGACAACGAGUUACAUGGACACAUUGAGCAAAGCAAAUAUGUUAUACACACAUAUAAUAAAUAUUUUCCCCGUUGAUCAGUUGAUCCGUUUGCUGAGCGAUAUUAUUGAGUAGCUGUAUAAUGAAAAAUCCCGCCACACGUGGCGGGUAGCAAUGUUAGAAAGUAAAUCAACAUAUUACCUAAUAGCCUUCGAUAUAGUUACAAAAGUUGCUAAUUAUAGGAAAAAACGGCACUACCAGGACACUGGCGUUGACGCCUGUUAAGUGGUGUUCAAACGAUAUUUUUUUAGUGUAUUGUGUUUCCGUUUUUGCACUUGAGGAUUACUGUGCGUACCAUAUCAUUUGAAUUCUCACAAUCAAUGUUGCUAGACAACGGAAAAUGAAAUUCGGAUUUGAAUUUAAACAUUUGGAAGAGUUUUUACCUCCUUAAUAUCAUAAAACUGUAUUACGGAAAAGAGUUACACAUAUUCUAUCCUCAUGUGCAAACUAAUUGUUACAACGCUUCAUACGGAUAUUAACAUAUUUGUCGCCGUAAAAACAUUGAUGAGUAAAUACUCUUUAUUCAAUUAUUAGUUCCAACAAAUUGUAUGGAUUGAAUAAUUAGUAUUUACCACGGUUCUGACUAUUACUUAUUAUAAAUCGAAUCUAUUAUGCAUGUAGUACUACACUCUUAUCCACAUCUGAAAAUUAUCUUGACUAAACAAGAAUUUCUCUGACCCAACACACCACCAACUGCAUAUAAACUAUAUAUGUAUAAAAAAAACUUAGAACAUUGGAAAUAGAUGCUAAAUCUCUUAUAAAAGAAAGGUCCGAGCUCAUAACUCAUAACUCAACACAACUGUUUCAAUGCACUCUUCCUGGUACUUUUGGUCGCACACACAAUCUAAAUGAAAAUAAUAUUUAUGUGUAUCGUGUAAAAGGUGUUCCGUUAAACAUCAACACCGUGUGAUCAUAGAUUGUGAGAAAUCGUUCAGACAGUCGGGUACGCAAAGCCGCGAGGAACGCGAGAAACUAAUUCACGUUGAAAAGUUGAGAAAACAUUUUUUGUCUGUCAUUGUGUGUAAAAUGUACAAAGCUGCACGGGAUGAGCAACAGUAUAUGAAUAUACAUUAUACUAUGAAAUAUACUUAUUGAAUUAUUAAAGCGGAUAAA